UAACUUCCUAUAUUCAUGUGGCAGGAAUGAAUGCAUUCUUGGAUGAUCCAGAGUUUGCUGAAAUUAUAGCAACAGCAGAGCAAGCAAUAGAACUUGGAGUUUUUCCAGAGAGAAUCUCUCAAGGGUCUAGUGGAAGUUACUUUGUAAAGGAUCCUAAGAAGAAAAUUAUUGGUGUGUUUAAGCCCAAAUCCGAAGAGCCUUAUGGUCAGCUGAAUCCAAAGUGGACCAGGUAUGUCCACAAGGUCUGCUGCCCUUGCUGCUUUGGCAGAGGCUGCCUGCUUCCUAACCAGGGAUUCCUCUCUGAAGCCGGUGCCUACCUGGUAGAUGAAAAGCUUCAUCUGGGCAUUGUACCAAAAACAAAGGUGGUUUGGCUCGUCAGUGAGACAUUUAACUACAGUGCAAUUGACCGGGCAAAAGCAAAAGGCAAAAAGUAUGCCUUAGAGAAAGUGCCAAAAGUAGGUAGAAAGUUUCAUCGAAUAGGACUCCCUCCCAAGAUUGGUUCCUUUCAGUUAUUUGUUGAAGGUUACAAGGAAGCUGAAUAUUGGCUUAGGAAAUUUGAAGCUGAUCCUUUGCCUGAGAAUAUUAGAAAACAGUUUCAGUCACAAUUUGAAAGAUUAGUUAUUUUGGAUUACAUCAUCAGAAAUACAGACAGAGGAAAUGAUAAUUGGUUAGUCAAAUAUGAAAAAAAGAAAUGUGAAAAGGAAAUUGAUCAUGAGGAAUCAAACUGCAUUGAUGAUAAAGAAUUGCUUGUUAAAAUAGCUGCAAUCGAUAACGGUCUAGCAUUCCCCUUUAAACAUCCUGACGAGUGGAGAGCAUAUCCAUUUCACUGGGCUUGGCUUCCUCAAGCAAAAGUUCCUUUUUCUGAAGAAAUAAAAAACUUGAUCCUGCCAUGUAUUUCUGACAUGAACUUUGUGCAAGAUUUGUGUGAAGAUCUUUGUGAACUUUUUAAGACUGACAAAAGCUUUGAUAAAGCUACUUUUGAAAGUCAGAUGUCUGUCAUGAGGGGCCAGAUCUUAAACCUCACUCAGGCACUGAGAGAUGGGAAGAGCCCAAUGGAGCUGGUGCAGAUGCCCUGCGUGAACGUGGAGUGCAGCCAAGGGCGCGGGCAGGGUCGCAUCAUCCACCUGACCAGCACGUUCACCCAGACAAUCCACUGCAGGAAGCCCUUCUUCUCCUCCUGGUAGUAGGUGUGAGAGAGGCAGCUGUUGGGCAUCACUGUGUUCUUAAAACAGCACAUUUUAUAUCUGCUCCAGCUGCCAAAACUUCAAGCCAUUUCAGUCUUUAAAAAAAGUUUUCUUUUGAAUGUAAUCACAAGUUUACAGAUUUUUAUCCAAAUAUUAAAUUCCAUUUCAGGGAAUAAGUGAUAUAUCUCAUGUUAUUUUUAUAGAAAACUGUAAUUUGUUGUUCAAAAGAUAACCUCAUGGUGUUACCCAUGCUAGAACUGUCAUUGCUCUAGAAUUCCAAGAAGAAAAAUAAGACAUUUGUUGACUUUGAAGACAACAACAUUUUAUAUAUUUUUUUAAAAAUUGGGGAGAAUGUUCAUUUUUCACUUCUUUUAUAUUGCAUUACAAAAGGCCUUUGAAAGGGCUAGGUCUGAAAUUACUGUCCUCUGAUGUAAGAGU